AUGACGCUCAAGGAGGAGUUCGCGACCCGCAACUUCAGCAUUUACGGACAAUGGCUGGGUGUCCUGUCCAUGAUCCUAUGCUUAGCACUUGGCAUUGCCAACAUCUUCACGAUCCACCUUCUGAUCAUCAUCUUCUGUGCCUUCGCCAUCGCUUCCUCGUUGGUCAUCCUCUUCAUUGAGAUUCCCCUGCUUCUCCGAAUUUGCCCUACCUCGUCCACGUUCGAUGGCCUCAUCCGCAAGAUCUCGACCAACUACAUGCGCGCCGGCGCCUACGCCGUCAUGGCCGUCAUCCAGUUCCUCAGCACCAUCAUCAACACCACCAGCUUGGUCGCCGCCGGUGUCUUCCUGUCCCUUACCGCCAUCUGCUACCUCCUUGCCGGCGUCAAGGGCCAGGCUUUCGUCGGCAGCAAAACUCUUGGUGGUCAGGGUGUCGCGCAAAUGAUUGUGUAA